AUGGUCAUCUCCAGCGAUGAAGAGGAAGGCUAUAUUUCAGAAGAGUUAGUAGACAAGUGUAUCUCUGAUGAUGACAAGAGUGAAGAGGAGUUGAGAAAGUACCCCGAGUUUGAUGAGAAUGCCACAUUUGGGGAGGUUCAAUUACAGUUACACAUGUUAUUCCCGAACUUAAUUAUGUUCAAGAAAGCUGUGACAUAUUAUAAUAUAUCAAUAGGAAGGGUAUUCAAGUUUGUGAAGAAUGACAACGAAAGGGUUAGGGCAAAGUGUAGAUCGGAAGGGUGCAAAUGGGAGAUCUUCUGUUUUUGGAGUAAUGUGGUGAAAACUUUCAAAGUAAAGAAGUUCGUGGAGCCACAUACUUGUGCUAGGGGGUUCAAAAACAAGCAAGCUAAUAAGAAGUGGUUGGCUACUCAACUAGUUGAUGAAUUAAGAUCAUACCCGACGAUGUCAGCACAUGAUACUUUUGAGUGGUUUAAAAGGUAUAGAGGUAUUCAUGUAGAUGACUAUAAGAUAUACAGAGCAAUGAGGUUGGCCAAAACAAUUGUAGAGGGAUUUGAGAAGUUGCACUAUCAUAAAUUGUGGGACUACUGUGAGGAACUUAGGAGGCGGAAUUCUAAUUCUACAUUUGGUUUGCAAGGGUAUUACGGAGGACAAUUACUGUCUGCUGUUGCUCAAGAUGACAAUCAACAUUUCUAUGUGAUUGCAGUAGCUGUUGUUGAGCAAGAAAGCAGGGAUACAUGGAGUUGGUUUUUGACAAAUUUGCUUGGGGAUAUUGGACAGUACAGUGACAAUGGUUGGAACUUUAUAUCAAAUCAACAGAAGGGUUUGAAAUUGGCUUUAGAGGAAUUAUGUCCUGGUGCUCCACAUAGGAAUUGUGUAUUGCACAUAUGGAGGAACUUCUACAGCAAGUACAAGAACAUGGACCUAACCAAGUAA